UUCCAGGGUGCACAGAAGUUUUCAAGAGUCGCCCUCAUUGUGAGAUGGAUUCCACUGCAAUGAGUUGGUGGAAGAACAAUUUCUGGAUCAUCUUAGCUAUGGCCAUCAUCGUUGUCUCUGUGGGCUUGGGCCUCAUCCUGUACUGUGUCUGUAAGUGGCAGCUUAGACAAGGCAAGAAAUGGGAAAUUGCCAAGCCCUUGAAACACAACCAGGGAGAUGAAGAAAAGAUGUAUGAGAAUGUUCUUAAUGAUUCUCCAGGUCAGUUACCACCUCUGCCACCGAGGAGUUGGCCUUCUCUAGAAGAUUCUUCCCCACAGGAAACCCCAGGUCAGCCACCAGCUACAUACUCGCUGGUAAAUAAAGUUAAAAAUAAGAAGACAGUUUCCAUCCCAAGCUACAUUGAACCUGAAGAUGAUUAUGACGAUGUUGAAAUCCCUGCAAAUACUGAAAAGCAUCAUUUUGAAACAACCAUUUCUUCUUUUUGGCAAAGCUGAAGAGGGUUCACAUGAUUUAUUUUAAAACAAUCAAGAAUGGUUGAACUUUAGGAGGUCUCUGGGCCUUGAAAGCCAGUGGUGAUUUUUAUGAAGCUCUGUAAGAUAAAGCACUUCCCAAACCUUAGAUGAAGACACCCCUGCAAUCAGAUGACUGCAGACAGAGGAUAUAGAUGCUCAGCUCUGAGGACUCAGAGGGGUCAGCCUUGGGCUGUUGAGGGAAGUUUCCAUGGGGACGACCAUGGGCUCCAUGGCUCUCCCUAUGAGAAACUACUCAUUUCUUGGUACGCUUGCCCUCUUCAUUCCCUUGGUUUGCAUGGUUCUGAGUGAUCUUAAAUGUCAGCAUUCGGUU